AUGCACCCCUCAGCCAAUGUCGACCUCCUACAAAUGGACCACAUGGAUCUCACCAGCGUCGUCGCGGCCGCCAAACACUUUCUCACCCUCGAAAGGGCUCUUCAUGGACUAGUCAACAACGCAGGUAUCAUGGCGACGCCCUUCGAAAUGACCAAAGAUGGUCACGAGGCCCAGUGGCAGACCAACUACCUUGCGCACUGGGUUUUCACGGAGUACCUGGUUCCUCUGAUGCUACGGACCGCCAAGACGCUCCCCCCCGGCAGCGUGCGUAUCGUGAACCUCACUUCAUCGGGCCACUUGAGCGCACCCAAGUGCGGCAUCAAUUUCAAGGAUCUAUCGCUCCAGGAUAGCGGUCCGUGGCCGCGAUAUGGACAGAGCAAGCUUGCCAACAUUCUGCACACUAAUAUUCUACACAACAUGUACGGUCCUGACUCUAGUAAUGCGCGGAACCGAGAGGGCGAGAUCUGGGUCUCGUCUGUGCAUCCAGGUUUGGUUGAGACAAACCUUGCCAAGUCAAUGGGGAGUUGGAUUGGGCCAUGA